AUGAGCAGCAGCGGGAGCUUCCGGUUCUUGAACCUCAUCAAGCCGAUGAUGUGCGUCUUGCCCGAGGUGCAGGCGCCAGACCGGAGGAUCCCCUUCAAGGAGAGGAUACUGUGGACCUCGAUCACCCUGUUCGUGUUUUUAGUUUGCUGCCAGAUCCCGUUGUACGGCAUCGUGACAUCUAAGUCCGCGGACCCCUUCUACUGGAUGCGGGUGAUUCUGGCGUCCAACCGUGGCAGCCUGAUGGAGCUCGGCAUCUCGCCGAUCAUCACCUCGGGCAUGGUCAUGCAGCUGCUGGCGGGCAGCCGCAUCAUCGACGUGGACCAGAGCUUGAAGGAGGACCGCAACCUGUUCAACGGGGCUCAGAAGCUUUUCGGCAUGCUCAUCACCAUGGGCGAGGCGGUAGCCUACGUCAUGAGCGGCAUGUACGGGGACCUCCGCGAGCUGGGCGCUGGGAACGCCCUGCUGAUCAUCUUCGAGCUCUUCUUUGCAGGCGUGAUCGUGCUGCUUCUGGACGAGCUCAUGCAGAAGGGGUACGGCAUCGGAUCGGGGAUCUCGCUGUUCAUCGCUACCAACAUCUGCGAGAGCAUCAUCUGGAAGGCGUUCUCCCCCACGACGAUGAACACGGGCAAGGGCACGGAGUUCGAGGGUGCCAUCGUGGCGACUUUCCAUUUCAUGGCGUCGAGGAGCGACAAGGUGACAGCCUUGAGAGAGGCCUUCUACAGACAGUCUGCCCCGAACCUGACCAACUUGUUUGCCACCGUCCUGGUGUUCUUCAUCGUGAUUUACUUCCAGGGCUUCCGUGUGGACCUGGGUGUGAAGUACCAGAAGAUCCGCGGCCAGCAGGGGUCCUAUCCGAUCAAGCUGUUCUACACCUCGAACAUCCCCAUCAUCCUGCAGACGGCGCUCGUGUCGAAUCUGUACUUCUUCUCGCAGCUGCUGUACCGGCGUUUCAAGUCCAACAUGCUGGUCAACCUCCUAGGCCAGUGGCAGGAGAUGGACUACGGCGGCCAGUCGAUCCCUGUGGGAGGCCUUGCGUACUACAUGUCGCCGCCCCGCAACGUCUCCGACAUUUGGGAGGACCCGCUCCAUGCCCUCUUCUACGUGGCGUUCGUGCUCCUCUCAUGCGCCCUCUUCUCCAAGACGUGGAUCGAGGUGUCGGGGUCGUCCCCCCGCGACGUGGCAAAGCAGCUGCGCGACCAGCAGAUGAUGUUCAAGGGGCACCGCGAGAGCUCCCUCGUGCACGUGCUCGAGAUGUACAUCCCCACGGCGGCCGCCUUCGGCGGCAUGUGCAUUGGCAUGCUCACCAUCGUCGCAGACUUCCUCGGCGCCAUCGGCAGCGGCACGGGGAUCCUCUUGGCGGUGACCAUCAUCUACCAGUACUUCGAGAUGAUCUACAAGGAGAAGGAGCAAGGCAACAUGCUCUUCUGA